AGCUUGUGAUGUAAGGAAUAAGUGGUGUCAUUUGCCUAAUCAGAAUAUUUCAUUGAGGUAUGAGGUCAUCCAACUCUUGUUGCUAUUAGUAGCCUCCUGUGCAGCCUUCUACGUGUGCUGACAUUUAGUUUUGGUGGGAAGCGCGCUUAUUCGCUUCCCACCUGUCAACUGUCAACAUGCAUUUCAUAAGUUCAUCAAUAUAUUUUGUAGUAUAUUUUUUUGCAAGAUAUAAAUCCGUCACAUGUGUUAGGGGCGAUAUCUGUCCUUGGAUAUGUCUGCGAAACUAGCAGGUGUGAAGUGGUGGUGUAGGAAACCACGCGAUUGUGGUAGGACUUAAAUAGACAGCUUAUCAGUGAUGUCGGAAGACUCUUGGGCAUUAGAGAACUAUUUAGUCAAGCUUUGGUUUGUGUCAAAAAUCAAUUUAUUAGUUUGGUAUUUUCAUGGUCUGAAACAUCACGAAUACGUAGCAAUGAUAACUAUAUCAUAGACAAUCCCUCGUUUCCUUGAAGUUUUUAACAUUGGCCUUUCGUUCUUAAGAACGUAUUAUGUUCUGUUUUUUAUGUAAAUGAACAAUAAAUUUAUUUUGGACAUGACAAGAAACAAGAUGCGCACAAGACUGCACCAUAUAGACACAGCAUGCCAGAGUAAGUGUGAGAAGGGGACGUCACAGAAACCAGCAUCAUUUCUGCCUGACGACACUCACACGUACCGGGCACUGCGCCAUGCAUAUCCCCCUGCUUAUCGCUGUGGUUUUCUGCGUCUACAAUGGCGUUGUAACGAGCCUGCCCUCCCCGGCUAUGAGAAGUCCACCUCCGGGGGCGGGGCCUGAGAUGGGCAUGGAGGUCAUCUUACGUCACAACCAAGGUCUACACCUGUUUCAAGGUGACAUUGCUGGCGUGGACCCGAACUCUCGUAAUGCGAUUUUGAAUUCUGACAUCUGGCCGGGAGGGGUCAUCCCUUACGUCAUCAGUAGCGAGUACAAUAUUGACUGUGCGGAUGAACACGAGAACUGUGCCUACUGGGCCGGUAUCGGAGAAUGUGUGAACACGCCCAUCUACAUGAACACUAAGUGUCGUCUGAGCUGUGCGGUGUGUCAGGCAGACCCUGUGUAUGAGACCUGUAACGACACCAACAUAGACUGUGCGUACUGGGCGGGGCAGGGGGAGUGCACCAACCCACAGUACCAGGAGUACAUGACCAACUCCUGCCCGUGGAGCUGUGGGAUCUGUCAGGUCCCCAUUGCGCGUGGUUCAGAAGCCGGACUGAUCAUGGACGGGAUUAAGGAGUUCAACACCCGGACUUGUGUUCACUUCGUCCCGAGGACACCGAGCGACCAGGACUACGUUCUCAUCAGGAAACUAGACGGUUGUCACUCCCAGGUUGGGCGCAUGGGCGGCCUGCAGGAUUUGUCCCUGCACACCGACUGUCUGAGGAGCGGAACGAUCGUCCAUGAACUGAUGCACGCUGUGGGGUUCUGGCACGAGCACUCCCGUCCGGACAGGGACGAGUGGGUCACCAUCCACCUCCACAACGCGGACCGAGAUCAGUGGCACGCCUUUGACAAGCACCAUGAGUCCCGUACGCUGGGCCUGCCGUAUGACUACAGUUCCGUCAUGCACUACGACAGCCACGCCUUCAGUGUGAACGGCCGAGAGACCAUUUCUGCCAAGCGUGCGCUGAACGGCGCGGUGCUGGGCUGGUGGACUGACGCGGGGCUGAACGAUCUGGACGUGCAGAAGGUCAACACGCUGUACGGCUGCGCAACGCGUCAAUAAAGAUGCGACAUCAAGC